ACUCAGUAAAUACCCAGAAGAAGGAGAAGAAGAAGCGCUGCGUUUUUGCAGAAGAGCCAGGUUAGCCUUCUGACCUGAACGUAAACGCAACAUUUUUGUUACAGGAUUAUUAUAUUUAAAAAAAAAAAUUAUUAUAUCUCGGAAAGUUAAAAAAAGACAGGUAUUCUAUGUGUAUCUGAGAUGGUUAACUACGUUCGGCUUUAACGCCUGCUUUAAGGUAUUCUUUUUCUUUCUUUGUCCCAGGAAUGAGAACGCUCCUGACGGCAGUCUCCUCCUUUUUGUGCUCCUCCAAACAAACCUCAUAGUCACCAUGAUGAAAUUGAAAUCGGAGGAGGUUAAAUACGAGAACGUACCCACGAGAAUCUCCAGCGAUGAGCAGGUUUCACCUGGAGUUCAGCACGUUGACACUACGUGGAGAGAAGCGCAGCCGGGAACGUACCGGUGCACGAAGAGUUUCGACGAUCUGGGAAACGCCGAGACGCACCGUUACGUCCACGCGGGAGAGAAACCGUAUUACUGCUCGGAGUGUGGGAAGCGGUUUAUUGAGCGAAGACAUCUGGAACGCCACCAGCGCAUUCACACGGGAGAGAAGCCGUAUCGCUGCUCGCACUGCGGGAAGAGUUUUACCCGAGAGGACACCCUGCAACAGCACCAGCGCCUUCACACGGGAGAGAAGCCGUAUCGUUGUUCGGACUGCGGGAUGAGUUUUACCCAGCAGAGUACUUUCCAGCUGCACCAGCGUGUUCACUCAGGAGUGAAGCCCUAUGAGUGCUUGGAGUGUGGGAAGAGUUUUCGGCGGCAGGACACGCUCCAGCAACAUCAGCGCAUUCACACCGGCGAGAAGCCGUAUCACUGUUCGGACUGCGGGAAGAGUUUCAGGCAGCAGAGUCAUCUCCAACUACACCAGCGCGUGCAUACGGGAGAGAAGCCUUAUCGGUGCUUAUACUGUGGGAGGAGCUUUAGCGAUAGUCGAAACCUCAAAACGCACCAACACGUUCACACCGGAGAGAAGCCGUAUCACUGCUCGCGCUGUGGACUGAGAUUCGCGUAUUCGAGUGUAUUUAAGACACACAAGUGCAUUACAGCGGAGGCGGCGCACGUGAAUGCGUCAAGUCAAGAAAUCUGAUUAUUACUGUGUUUGGGUUUUGCCUUUCGUUUAGCUCUUGCUUUUGAAAAAAGGUGCAAAGAUUUAUUAUCACACAUCAUUAUUGCUUUGCUCCAAAGUGUUGGACGUAGGGCUGCAACGAUUCGUCUGAAAUCGCCAACUAAUAAUCGGGUAAUUGAAACGCGUGAAUUUCGGGGGGGGACUCAAAGAUAGGAAGAAAGUUUAUAAGCUCUCACGAGGUGGUUUUUCAGACAAUUCGACAAUGCAGUAUUACGAGAAAAUGAAAUGGAAACACAUUUAUCGCAUUUAGGUCACAUGACAAAGUGACAAAAAGAAUCACCCCGUACUCUGCACAGGUAGCCAGUUUAUAAAGAGCGAUGAGGUUGCGCUUCUCGGUCGGAACUGGCUCCUUCGGGAAUAAUACGGCAGGUGACACGAGCGCCUGAUAUUAAGUGGGUCGUCCUAGCUGAGCCAUAUCUCCCUGCAGCUCUCGCCUGGUUUCCCGCUGAAGAUAAGCAGAGUUGAGCCUGACCAGUACCUGGAUGGGCCAGCAGGGGGAGCUCACUAUAUGGUCUGUGUGGGUCCUAAUUCCUGAGUAUAGUGAUGGGGACACUACAGUAAAAACAGCACAGUCUGCGGUAAAGCGAAGUCCUGACUCUCUGUGGUUAUUAAAAAUCCCUGGACACGUAUCGUAAAAGAUUAGGGGUAUAACCCCGGGGUCCUGGCGAAAUCCCCUCAUUGGUCCUUCUCUAUCACGGCUCUCUAAUAAUCCCCAUCUCUGAAUUGGCUACAUCACUCUCUCCUCUACACUAACAGCGGGUGUGCGGUGGGCUCUCUGGCGCACUAUGGCUGCCGUCGCAUCAUCCAGGUGGAUCCUACACCCUAGUGGUGGUUAAGUAGAUUUCCCCCUUAUACUACGUAAAGCACUUUGAGUGUCUAGAAAAGCGCUAUAUAAAUCUAACUAACUAACAUUCUGAAGUUUUGGAUCCUCUGUAAAAUCCUUACGCACUACGAUCUCCCAGAAAUCCUGCCAGGUAGAACGGGCUUGCCUUUCCGUUCGAUCGCGUGCGUUAAAAUGCCUUCCGCCGCCUUCCGUUAAACACUACCACGCCUAUUGCGUUGGAUGCCAUUCAAAUCACCGUCCCAACACUCGUCAGCUCUCGGAGACCCGUCGCCGUGUUUAAUCGUAGCGACUACAGCGAGAGGAGAUUUAAACCCAGAUUUAAUCGCAUAGCAUCAUUUAAUAUAAACGCAGAACAUUUCGCAUUGAUCUUUUGUCGACAUUCUUAAAAUAUCGCUUCUGUUUUGUGCAAAAAAACUGCGACACAAGCAUUAAAACAAAAAUAGCCGAAAGCUCGUGCUCGGUAACUGAAACAUACGAAACCGUAGAUGUUCUAGCCUCAUUUUACAUUCCAUUCAAUACGCUUGACAUGUAUAUGUGCUGGUAAAUUUCAUUUUUUAAAAUUUUUUUAACCCGUUUAAUUUUGUCUCGUUCCGUAAUUAAUUCCGUAAUUCCAGUGGAUUAUUCCCUGUUACAAGAACAGUCAUCGCUUGAUUAACCAGAGAGGAGAAAGUCAAGUAACAAGAUAUUGAGUUGUUCCUCACUCUAUAUGAUUUAUAUUUGAAUUAUAUUAUUGCAAAAAAACAGCUAAUAAAAAUGCCAACUGGUUAUUUAUUACAGCA